AUGAGUGAUUAAGUAUGUGAUCCUGAUAAGGGGUGUUGGCUUUUGAGUAAUUGUGAAUGGAAUGGUAUAAUUUACACUUGUGUACAUGAUCCAAUAUUGGAAUUGACACUUUAUACAGGUUUUGUUUUUUCUUUAAUACCAAUAUUUUUGGGAAUUGGUAUUUUAGGAGGCUUAGGAACAGGAAUGGUUAAAAGGCCUAUUUUAAAUCUUAUGUUAAAUUAUCCUGCUAGUAUUGCCACUUAAGUUGGUGAUUGUUUUUUAUUUGUAACAACAACAUUGAAUUCUUUGUUAUUAAUUUUUGAAAAACAUCCAGAUCAUCCAGAAUUACCGCUCGUUAACUUUGAAAUUAGUAUAAUCUUUAAUUAAACUAUUCCUUUGGCCUGGAGUGUCGGGGCUUUCCUUUAAUAAAGAAUACCUUAGUUUGCUAUAUAUCUCUUUUAACUUUGCUUUAUGCUUGGAGCAAUACCAUUUUUAUGGAAAUUCACUCAUAGCUAAAAGUAAUUAGAAAUAGAUAAGAGAGACAAAAAAGUGUUAGUAAUCGAGAAAAUAAAAACUAAAGAAGAUAUGGCAAAUGAGACAAGUUUAAAUGCCAAAGAAUUAUAACAAUAUGAGAUAUUCUAUAUUCUCAAUCAUAAGAAAAUACAGAUAAAAAAUCUGUGUUUCAUUUUUGGAUCCUUUAUAGUUAAUCAAACUAUAGUUCUUAUGAGAUCAAACAAAUUUAAUAAUUCUAUUAUUGGAAUAGAUGCUUGCACUCUUGAGAAUAACUUAAUCCUUAUUUUGAUUUUGUGUGCCAAUUGUAUCUAUACAAUCUUAGUGUAUUGGAAUAAAAGGAAUGAAGAAUUUUAUAAAGACUUAGUAUAAUAUAGACCAGAUUAUAGGUACUUUACGCCCAAAAAAACAUUUUGGUUUUAUUAUCUAGGAGGUUGUUUGGCAGGAUUUAGCACAGGAUUCAUAGGGAUGGGAGGUGGACUAAUUAUGGUUUCUAUACUAUUACAUAAAAAAAUCAUAGCCAGAGAAGCAGCUGCUACUGCAGGCUUUGGAACUUUUAUGAUUGCCCUCAAUAGUUUAAUCUAACUGUUUUUAUAAAAAACUAUAACUACAGGCCAGAUGUUUACAUUUUUUGGGUUAGGAAUAAUUGGGUUGGCAUUUAUCACUAAACCUGCAUAUAUUUUAAUGAAUAAGUUUAAAGUUGGAUAUGUUGUGUUGAUUGUUGAUAUUAUAUCAGUGACCAAUAAUGUCCUUGCAAUCAUAGCCUUAAUUAUAAUAAAUUCUACACUUUAUGGAUUUGACAGAAUGUUAAAUUAUCAUGAACAUUGCUGA